UAAUUGAAAUCUCUCGUUCUAAUGAUUAUCUUCCUAAGUUCCCCCAUUCAAGGUCUCGGUUUUUCAUCAUCAAAAUCUUCUGAAACCUCAGGAUUAAUAAAUAAAUUAUGAAAUGAGCACCAAAUUCUUUGAAGAGUGCUUCUUUUUAGCGAUUAUAUUUUCCAGUACAAUUGGGACGUCUUUGAUAUAGGAGAAAUACAUCAUUUAUUGAUGCUUUUAAGUGUAAGAAAUAUCAAUGAGAGAAAUAAAAUUAUCCUUCUCUACUGUGAUAAAGCAAGAGGAGGAGAGCUACAACAAGCCUUUGUUUGUCUCCUGUAUAGUCAUAUUUUCUUUCUCGAUAUAUGCUUGAAUUCCAUUGUAAAGUCAAAUCUCAAUUUACUAGCAUUUGGGUAGAUAUCAUGUAUUUCACAACAAUAAUUUCUGAGUUAAUUCCUGAAUAACAAGUCCAAGAGAACAAAAGGAGUAUAGAAAGAAUUGAAAGCAUCUAAAAUCUGGAUAAUUAGUUUAGAUACAAAGUAUUCAGAUCAGAUUCUCAGAGAAAAUUACAGAGCUUUAUCCAAAUUUUAAGAUAAAUGAGUAAAAACUAUAGCUUAACUCAUUAUUUCUUUGUAAGAGAUAAAGUAAUGAGCUCAAUAGAGUUAAAAGCUGCUAUAGUCUGAUAUCCUAUCUUCUUUGGAUCAACAACGACAUACUAUAUGACACUGAGCCUCACUACUUAUAACUCAGCACUAAUACUGUCAGACAUCUCUUCAGUGUUUGUAUUCAUAUUUGGAUUUAUGUUGCUUAAUAAUUCUUUUAGCACGCUUAAAUUUAUAGCUGUAGCAAAUUGAGUCAUAGAAGUGGUAAUCAUUUCUUCUGAGGAAGACAAUGUUAAAGCCCCAUUCCCGAUACUUGGGGAUAUUAUCGGAUUCUUGAGUUAUAUUUGACUUGAAC